ACCUUACCAGUGUGCUGCCACCUUGCGUCGCACGAAAUUCGCUUAAGUUGCAUUUUAUUUGUUAUUGUACGAAAUUCGAGAGUUUUAGCAGCCAAAGGGGGCGAGAUGCUGGACAACGACACCAGCAACAACAACAACUGCAACCCACAGAAACUGCCGCUGGACGAACUCAAGUUUGCACUUUCUGGCAAGGAUGGGGUGCGCAGGAACGUUCCGGCGCUGGACGAGCACUGGGUGCGGCGCGAGAAGCCCUUUGCCAGCUAUUUGUGCAUGUUGAGCUCCUAUGGACGCCUAAAAUCCGGAGCUGCACUGGAGGAAUGGACCUUCUCGGCGAACAGUUUCCGCGCGGACAUGGAGUUCCUGCUGAGCCUGACGCAGCACGAAUUCUGGUCCUACAUGGUGUACGAGGAGUCGGCCAUGGCGGCCGUUGUCACAUUCCUGCAGCGCGCCAAUCCCUACUACAGACAGACGGACGCCAGCCGGGACAAGGAGUUGGAGCAGGCCCAUCUGCUGUACGGAGAGCUGCUGGAUCUCGUCGUGCGUCUGAUAAUGCGACUGUGCACCGGUGAGGAAUCGGACUCGGAGUGGAUCAGCCCGAAGCAGCACGGCAGCCUGCUGUACAGCAACUACCUGAUCUCUGUGCCACUGCUCUUCGAUCUGCUCAUCGCUGUUGGCGAUGCGGAGCCGGAGAACGUGGAACUGUUGCGCCAGAUCUUCGACAAGGUGCUGCAAGUGCAGCCGGAGUACCUAAAGGAUCUGAAGGAGGCGCUGACCUUCUACGAGAGCGCCUUCCUCAGCAUGCAGAUCCAGGUGGAGAACGAGGGCUGCGAAGGCGCUGGCGGCGGGGCGUCUCUGGACGUCGACUUGGAGACGCCCUACGACGAUGUGGUGCUCUUCGCCAUGGACUGCGCCUACACGCUGCGCCUGCUGUUGCUCCUCUGUCCCCAGCUAUUGGAGACCAUCGAACAGCUGCGUUUGGCCCCAAGCAUUGCCAAUUUCUAUGACAUGACUGUGCCCAUGUUGUACAAGAACAUCUACAUGGUGAACCCGGGUGCGAGUUCGCUGCGCUGGCUGAAUGAGACGCGCCAGCAAUAUAUCUUCAUCAUUCGUGGCGUGGUCAGCCUGCAGAUGGAGUUGGGACGCGGCCAGCAGCUGGUGGAAGUGAUGCAGGAGUGCCUGUCCGCCCAGAACUUCGUUGUGGACUACCAGCGGCAGUUUCCGUUGGAGCACGACAUGAAGCUGCUGAUCCAACGUUGCCCAAAUAUCAAGAACUACGAGGUGGACUUCGUGGUGUCCGGUUACCAGAAGGCACUGACCAGCUGCCCCAACGGCAUAAUGGCCGACGAUAUGGCCAGUGACGCUGUCCAAGUUACGAGCAACGUCCAGGACGAGGAACUCAAGAACGGCGACUCCUCGCGCACUUCUACACAGGCGGCGCCGACGGCCAACGGAACGACAAGGGACAUCGACUUGGAAGUCACCGCCGUGCUGGAAGUGCUGCCCGAUCUGGGCAGUGGCUUCAUAAGGCGCCUCCUCAUCCGCUACGACAACAGCGAGCAGGUCAUUGCCGCCAUUCUGGACGACAAUCUGCCGCCGGAUCUAGCGCAGAUGGACCGCCAGGAGGUGUACAUUCCGCCCGACCCGCAGGACACACAGCAACGCCAAACGGGCCUGCGGCACUUCAACGUCCACGACGGCGAUCGCUACGACGUGCUGACGCGGGACCAGCCCGAGUGCAUUAUCAAGCAGGGCAAGGGAUUGCCGGGCGCGCCGCGCAAUGCGGAACAGCUGCUGGACGACAAGCGCGACCUGAAGUCGCUAAAGGAGCACUACCAGAAGUACGCCAUGGUCGAGGAGACCACGCUGGAGAGGGGCGAGUAUGACGACGAGUACGACGACAGCUACGAGGCCCAGAACGAGGGUCAAGCGCCGCCAGUAAGUCUGCUGCGCGCGAGGCUCCAGGAAGCCGCCUCCAGUUCGGCGCACAAGGCACAGGAUGAGCUGGAGAACGACGACGAGGAGAGCUCCGGCGACCGUUCGGAAUCGGAGCCGUCGAAGCCCACCAACCGAGACUUUUGCGAGAAUCCAGAGGUGACUCGCGCCCGCUACCAGCAGCGCCAGAUGUCCAAGUACGGCCAGAAGAGUGGGGCACAAGGAGCAAGUCCCUCGGUGGUCGGCGCACCCAAGGGCCAGGGGCAGUCCCAGCAGACGCAGCGCAGCCGUGGCCAAAAGGAGGCCCACAAGUCCUCUCGUGCCAACCACAAUCGGAAAGCAGGAGCAGCCUUCAAGCGCAGCAAGGGCAUGAUGGGCUAGAGGAUGUGGAUUGAAAUAAAAGUAUCUAUACUUGGUGUAUCUGUAUUUGUA